AUGAAUGAAGUUGUAUUGCUUGAAUCACCACUUUCGACAUAUAUUAUUCGGUCGAAACCUGCUGAGUUAUCAUGUCGAGCACUUUACGCUAAACGAAUACGCUUCAAAUGCAAUGGCUACUGGUUAGAUGAUUCCCGACAUAAAUUACAAGUUGGUAGUGAUCCAGCAACUCAUGUACCUUAUAUGAGAGUCUCAGUUGAAAUAACCCGGCAGGAAAUUGAUUCGAAUGCUCAGUUCGGUGAUUACACGUGCCACUGUUAUGCUUCAGCGGAUUCAGAUUCGCAAGCUGUACGAUCUGAUUCGGCUCGCAUUCGUAUCGCUUACAUCCGAAAACAUUUUUAUCAAGCACCAGUCUCUGAAAAUGUUCCAGAGGGACGAACGUUACAAAUGCAUUGUUCACCUCCUGACGCUGAUCCAAAAGUAGAAAUAUUCUGGUUGAAAGAUGGCAAAGAAAUCGAGAACCAGGCCGAUUCUAAUAUAAUCAUUGCAAAUGAUGGAUCUCUUAUUAUAUCAGCAGCUCGAUUAAAUGAUUCGGGCAAUUACACUUGUGAAGCACGAAAUAUUGCAAAUAAAAGGACCACCGAUCCAGCACAAAUCAUCGUUUAUGUUGAUGGCCAAUGGGCGGAAUGGUCAUCUUGGAGUGGUUCUUGUCGAGUUGAUUGCGGAAAUCUAAAAUCAGAAAUUGAAUGGAGAAAAUCAAAUAGAUUAGAAAUCGAGGGGAUAUGGCCAAAAUUAGUGAGGAGGAGAACCUGUAAUAAUCCCGCACCGAUUAAUGGAGGUGCAUUUUGUCCAGGAGAUGAAGAGGAAACAAAAUUAUGUGAAGUGGACUGCGUUAUUGACGGUCAAUGGUCACAAUGGUCUGCUUGGUCAAGGUGCAGCGAAAAUUGCCAUCGAUUUCGUACUCGAGAAUGUGAUGCACCUCGACCAUUUAACGGAGGACAAACUUGUAUUGGUCGAGACUUAGACACCAAAAAUUGUACUAAAGGCGAAGGAUACUGUAUACUUCAACCACCAACUCUUAUUGGAUAUUCUGUGGAAGCUCAAAUGGCAAUGUAUGCUGGCUUAUUCAGUGUUAUAAUAUUAUCUCUAAUAAUUUUUGUCCUUAUUGGAAUAUUAUUUUGCCGAUGUCGUCGAUGGUGUGGACGUAAAAAGCAAAAUGAUAUUUAUUUUCCGGAAACGAGUGCUCAUGUAAGAACGGUAUUAUUGCAACAACAACAGCAACAAAGAUUGUUUGAUGAUGCGAUGGACUGUGUGAAAAUCGUGCCAAAUGGUAGUGAAUUUUAUACUUUAACUACGACUGCCUCUCCACCUCAUCCAAUUGUUCCAUUGUCAUCAUUAACCUUGAGGUCUAUAAAAAGCGCACAAAGUGGAUAUUCAUCGUCGAAGAAAGUAGCGGGGUCUCGAGCAGCAUUGAUAACCGAAUGUUCAUCAUCGAAUUCAUCAAACGGCAAAACUACUCUAAUAAGAACAAGUUCGCCUGCUUCUGAUGAAAAUUAUGCCACUUUAUAUGAUUAUGUUGGCGAUGUCAACGAGCAUUAUGGUUCAUUAGAUUUGAGUAAUCUCCCUCAAGCAGUUUUGCCAGCUUAUGUCAAUAGAAAUGGUGCAACGCUUGAGCUGAGGAAGAGUGAUGUAUCGUUAUUGGUACCUGAAGGAGCAUUCUCGGAAGAAAAAGCAGUUUUCAUCGCUAUUUCUGAAGACAACAGCGAUCGGCCAAAAUUAUCUGAAGGCGACACAAUACUAAGUGGUGUCGUAAUGAUUGGUUUAUGCGAUAAUAAUGAAGAAGAAACAAUAAUUCAUCGUCCUCUUGUUGUUUCGUUCAAACAUUGUGCAAAUGUUUUUCCGAAAGAUAACUGGAUAUUUAUGGUUUAUACGAAAUCAAAUUUGGCUAACGAUUGGGAAUUAAGCGCUAAACUCGGUGAAGAAAACAUUAAUACUCCAAUUUACUGUCAAAUUUCACUCAACAAGUGUUAUAUCAUGACGGAACAAUUCGGCAAAAUUUUGUUGGUUGGAAGGCCACGAAGAGCGCCGUCUACGAAAAGAGUUCGCAUUGCAGCUUUUGGGCCUUUGUAUGGAAUUUCUAACGAUUUUUCUAUAAGAGUAUAUUGCAUACCAGAAACAGGCAUUUCACUGCAAAAUGUUUUGGCGCAAGAAGAGAAUACUGGAAUUCUUCUUACACAGUUGGAUGAUUUCUUAUUGAAAGAAAAAGGAGCAUUAUGUAUAUGUCUUGAAGAUAUUUCAACUGGCUUGGCUAUCAAACCUAAAGCUCAGUAUUUGGAAAUACCAGAUACUCAUCAUUUGUGGUGUACUCUAUCAGGACUUCACUGCAGUUUAAAACCUGAUAUUCCGGAAAAUUUAUUAGAAAAUUCAACCGGACGGAUAGUUAUUUAUCAAAAAGGCAAUACAGAAAGUCGUCAAGUAUUGCAAUUUGAUAUGAGAAAGACAGCUAGUUGUUGCGAAUCUGAAUAUGACGAUUCAUCUUCGCAUAAUUUCUUGCUGGACUCGAAUACGAGAUGGAAACUUGCUGAAAUAUUUGAUACACCAACUGAUCCUGAAAAAGAUUGGAGAGGUCUUGCAAAGAAACUUAAUUUGCAUCGCUAUAUACAGUAUUUUGCAACAAGACCUGGUUUGUCACCAACUACUUUAAUAUUAGAUUUGUGGGAAGCGGUGGAACUUGGCUCACAACGUGCUAUACUCGAUUUAUUACAAGCAGUUAGGAUAAUGGGUCGUCCCGAAGCUGUCCUUGUUCUUGAAGAUUAUUUGGCACAAUCCAGUCAUUUAUUGUCAAAUAACGAUUAG